GCGGUCGGAUGAGGCAUCUCAUUUAAUGCUUCAGAGGAGUUAAGAAGAUGAACUCAUUAAUGAAGAAGAUCUUGUCGUCCAUGGCGGCCGUGCUCCAUCUUUUAAUGGCGAUCAAGCUUCUUGCAGGGAUCGCAGUGAUCACUGUUCAUGGGGCAGAGGACACGAUGUAUCCGGGGGAGUAUCUCUACGAAGGGCAGACGUUGAUCUCGGCCAACGGGAGAUUCACGUUGGGCUUCUUCAGCCCCGGCGAUCGCCGGAGCGUCUACGCGGGAGUCUGGUACACCAACGUGACCGACACGGCGCAGGCGGUGGUGUGGGUGAUCAACAAUGACAGACCGGUCACGAUAUCGCCGGGGUACCUCCACUUCACCGACGACGGCAUGUUCGGCGUCUACGACUACGAGCAGAGCAGGCUGUGGGUAACCGGCUCACCUCGCCGGAGAAACAGCACGCUCGUUCGGCUGUCGGAUUCGGGAAACCUCAUGCUGGUCGACCUCGACAGCAACACGACGCUGCUGCAGAGCUUCGAUUACUUCGGCGACUCGAUGGUUCCAGGGAUGAAGCUCGGGUUGGACAGGGGAAGCAGCAACCUCAGGAGGCAGCUCGUGUCGUGGCGAACCUCAACGAAUCCGUAUCCCGGGGAAUAUUCCGUCGCGAUCGAGACGAGAGGUAACCGGCCGGAGAUGUUCGUCAGGCACGAUCAGUCCGCCGCCGGCUUGGUCUUCCGGAGCGGUCCGUGGACCGGACGCGGGUUCAGCGGAAUCCCGGCGAUGGCGAACUCGACCCGGUUCAGGUUCGCGUUCGUGUCCAAUUCAGAAGAGGUCUCCUUCUCGUUCAACGCCACCGACGACUCGAUUCUCUCCCGCGCCGUUGUGGAUUCCGGCGGAGCAUUUCGGCUCCAGGAAUGGUCAGAUGCCGGAGGCGGAUGGAACACGGAGUGGACCGUGCCGGGCGACUACUGCGACCAUUACGCUCGUUGCGGCGCGAACGCUAUUUGCUCCAGCGCCAACUCGCCGGCGUGCCUGUGCCUGCAGGGCUUCGUCCCAAGGAACCGAGAAAACUGGAACCAAAACCGCUUCUCCGACGGCUGCGUCAGCACAUCGGCCUCUUCGUCGUCUCCUCCGUCGCCGAAUUGCUCGUCGGAAGGGUUCUCUCAGUGGAGGAUGGUGAAGCUGCCGGACACGGAGAAUGCGACUGCCGUCGGGAACAGGACGCUCGACGAGUGCAGAGACUUGUGCUCCAGGAACUGUUCUUGCAUGGCGCACGCCGUCACGGCGUGGGACGGUUGCUUGAUGUGGCGAGGCGAUUUGAUCGACGUGAGGAUGUUCUCACAAGGCGGCGACGAGCUUUUUGUUCGCCUUGUUGCAGCUCCUGACAACUAUUCUGAAAAACAAUCUAAGAGGUCUGUAAAGAUCAUAGCCAUUGCUACAACUUUGGGCAUCCUUUUGUUCCUGACCGCGUCUGUGUUCAUUUGGUGGAGAAGGAAAAGAAUCAAAAAAGAAGAAGAUUUGGAGUCGAACCUGCCGAAAUUAACACCGUGGUGGUUCGAUUGCUGGAGUAGGAGUUCUUCUGAUGGAGCAGUACAUCAGGAUGAUGGUACAGCGAGCUCAAUCGGGUCGUUGCCUUCCUUUGCUUUGUCUACGAUAAAAUCUGCUACUGAUAACUUCUCCACUUGCAACAAACUUGGAGAAGGUGGAUUUGGCAUUGUUUAUAAGGGAGAGCUGAUGGAUGGAAAACAGAUUGCUGUGAAAAUGUUGUCGAGAUACUCAUCGCAGGGGCCUGAUCAGUUCCGAAAUGAGCUUUCGCUGAUUGCCAACUUGCAGCACAGGAAUCUCGUCCGCCUGCUUGGCUGUUGCAUCGAAGGAGAUGAGCGCAUACUCGUGUUGGAGUACAUGGAAAAUAAGAGCUUGGAUGCUUUCAUAUAUGAUAAGACAAGGAGUGGUUUGUUGGACUGGCACACGCGGUAUCAAAUCAUUAUCAGUAUCGCUCGAGGGCUUCUCUACUUGCAUCAAGACUCUAACUUGAGGGUCAUCCAUCGAGACCUUAAACCAAGCAACAUCCUUCUUGACAAAGACAUGAAUCCAAAAAUAUCGGACUUUGGAAUAGCAAGAAUUUUUGAAGGAGACAACAUUCAAGAGAAUACUACUACGAGACCUAUUGGAACAUUUGGAUAUAUGGCACCGGAGUACAUUGGGAAGGGAGUGUUUUCUUUGAAAUCAGAUGUUUUCAGCUUCGGCGUAAUAGUCUUGGAAAUCAUAAGUGGCAUGAGGAAUAAAGUGUUCAACCUGACAGAUUGCCGGUUAAACCUUUUAGGUCAUGCAUAUUUGUUAUGGAAGGAAGGCAGGACUCUGGAGCUACUCGAUGAAUCAUUGGGCUCCUCCUCUCCUCCGCCUGAGAUACUGGAGUGUGUAAGAGUAGGUCUUCUAUGCGUGCAAGAAAAUAGUGAAGAUAGGCCGACAAUGGCAGAGGUCGUGCUGAUGCUAACAAAUGAAGAUGUACCAGUGACUCCACCUAAAGAACCCAUGAGUAUUGCAGAAGAUUCUGAUGAAUACUCGUCUACCUCUUUACAGACUCAAGGGAGUGUCCCUACAGAUAUGCCACCGGAGACCAGAUCCAUGCCGACAACUGCUGCUCCAAUUGCUAGACCAUACCAAGAACAAACAGAUUGGAAGACUGAUGAUCUCUGUGUACAACGACCAUGGAAAUCAGUUUCUGAAAAGGCCAAAUCAAGAUGAACUAGCUACUCACCAGAGAUUACUGCUGUAAUUAUACGAUCCAAAAGGGCUUCCCUUGCCAAAACGAAGCAUCAUUGUUACUGAAAUCAAGAUCACUCCCAAGGCCGUAACCAAUAUCAUACUAAAACCUGGAUUGGAAAAAGAAAGAUCACAUAAAACUCACCUCCCUGGCUGCAGCAACAAAUGAUGUCUCCUAACAACAGGCAAAAUCUUCGCUGCCAUAUGAGUGCAUCAAGAGCCUUACCAAACGCAUGAAGAGCAAAUAUAGGCAAAUAAAUAAAUAAAAGGCGAGGCCAUGGACAGUAUGUAGGCAAUGAUUGUCUUCAAGUUGCACGUAUCAAGGAUGCGAUGUGCAUCAGCUCAAGUACUUUUUGUAAGGAUACAUAUUGCAAGCCAACUUAGUGUCAUUUACUAAUGUUCAAGCAACAAGCAACAACCUAGGGCACAUGUACAAAGUAACAUUGAAAAACAAAGAGUGAAAUUUCAAAGCUCA